AUGUCUUCAAAUCUUCCAUGUGCAGAGAUUAUUUUGGAGGCUUGCAAAAAAUUGAGUCACAUUCUUGGUUCAAGCUUUGGUCCACUUGCUUUUCAUAAAUUAAUUAUUAAUUAUCAUCACCAUGUAUUUUCGGAUGUAAUUUAUUCAAAUGAUGGAGCAACAAUUAUGGAUUCACUUCCGAUUGUUAAUCCUAUCGGAAGAAUUUUAUGUGAUUUAUCAAAAUCUCAGGAGGAACAAGCUGGAGAUGGUACAACUGGUGUUGUUUUAUUGUGUUGUGAAUUGGUUAGAAAUUGCUUGGAGGAAUUACAUUUAAAACAAUUAAUACCUUUGGAUGUGAUUUGCAGUAAUUUAUCUACUUUGAAAAAUGUAUGCAAAGAGACUUUUCUGACUAUAAUGCAGAGAGACAGGGUCAUGAUGCAACAAUUUGUUACAAAUAAUUGUGAAAUUAUUAAUUUUAUAUGUAAAAAUUCAUUACAAUCUAAGGAAUUGAGAUUUCAUAUUGAACAUUUUAAAAGCAUUUUAACUGAAGGAUUUUCUAAUGGAAAUUCCAUUCCUAAACAUACUAAAUUUCAUAUUAUUGAGGGUGGCCAAUUGAAUGACAGUUUUGGAUUUAACGGAAUUUUUAUGAAUAUUUCACAAUCUUCAUUCUCAAAGAGAUACGCCUAUUCUAGUAGUUAUUUGGAUAAAUUAUCCAAGUGUAGAUCAAUAUUAUUGCUAAAGAGGCAAAAUUUAGAAAUGAAUCAAAAAGAAAAGCUAUUUUGGAGAAGUUUAUUUGAAUUGGGAACCAGUAGUAGUGGAAUAAUAAUUUUGAUGGAGGGAGCAUUCCCUUUUCAUGAUAUAUUUUAUAGUUCAGAUUCUAAUGUGCUGAUAUUUGAUAAAUUAAGCUCGAAACAUUUGCAAAAUAUAUCACAUUCUCUAAAUCUACCUUCAAUUAUCCCAGUUGGAUCAACCACCACAGUCGAGAAUGAGGAUCUCUAUAUUUUCGAGUCUUCUCCUAAUUUUUCAAUUUUUCAAAACGAGAUUUUCAUAACUAUUCCUAAUGUUUGUGACUUUUUUAAUAUUAUUAUUCGAGGGCCUUCCAAUACUAUUAAUGAGGAAUCCAAGAGGUCAAUUAAGGAUGCCUUCUAUGUAAUUAAAGGGUUUAUCAAUGAAAACAACUUUUUCAGUGCUUCCAAUACAUCAGAAUUAUGUGGAGGAGGAUGUCACAUUGAAAUGAGUAUAUGGAGAGAUGUCAGCAAUUCCUCAGUACUGUCCAAAGGAAUUUCAACAAUAUUUGCUGAUAGCUUCUUAUCAAUAGUGAGAUUUUUAUUGCACUCGAGUGGAUUCAAACAUGAUUCAGAAAUGAUAAUUUUACGAUUGGCAAGUGAAUAUUCUAAAAAUCCAAACUCUUUCUUUGGUAUUGAUCUUACCAAUCAAGAUUCACAAACUCCAAUAAUUUCCAACAUUAUAGAAGCUCAUAUCAUUGAAAAUCUCAGAGUCAAGAAAAUAAUGAUCGAGUUGGCCAUUGAAACAGCCAUAAAUCUACUCAGAAUCAAAUCAAUUGAUUUUACCAAUUAA